GGGAAAGAUGAGAACUUGGGAUCCGAGAAAGACCAUUGUGUGGCUCAGGCUCUGGCUCUGCAUAGAGGAGGAGAAAGCUCAGUCUCAGGCUCAAGCUGGUGGCGUAGCAAAGGUAAGCGGAAGCAACCACCACCCCCCGCCACCACCUCGUCUUCCACUGUUCAGAAUAUUACCGCCAUUUUCUUCUCUUCACUCUGUCUCGGUUGCUCGCAUUUAGAGGUGCUCCUGAAUUUCAAACUCCUUCUCUCGAUCCCCAAUUCUUAUUACUUCCACGGAUAAUUUCGUAGUUUCCAAGGAGUUUGUCUCGCAAUUGAUGCGUGCAUGAAUCUACCUCUGAUUUUUGGUUUCUUAUAAUCUGCUCUCACAUAUUGCUGCUCGCCUACUGGAUCUGGAGUUUUUCAAACUUUCAGAGACCUUUUUGAAGAUGUGAUCACCGGUCUGUUGUUCAUAUGGGCUCUGGUAGCAGGCGAUUCCUUGCAACUCCCAUGAACGAGAUAUUAUUUUCCUUGUUAUAUAUAAUUUGGGAUGAAUGUGUUUUAAGGCCAGUAAGGUUUUUGGAGGAAUAAAGAACGCCAAAACCCUCACUUUUGGUUUAUCCACCCAUUAAAUUGAUGGGUUUGAGAGGUUAGGAUAUGAUGGACAGUGGAAGUUAAGGAAGAUGAGUAUGAUUGUAUUAAGGAAUUUUCAUUUGGAGACCCAGAGUUUUGUUAAAAUUAUAAGUCCCCGCGUUUUAAUCCGAAGCUAGUUUGAGAAAAAAAAAAUCUGUUUGAUAUACUGUACUACAUCAGAUUUACAUUUAGUCAAAACAUUUACUUGAUUGAGAUGUCAUUGAAGGGCUUUGUGCGCGAGUUUAGGGAGAUAAGAGAGGAUAUUAGCACCUUAUCAAUUGGAAAAUUACAUACAAAGGGAAUGGGCCGCCGUGGGCGAGCACAUAUAGCUCCUGAAGGUGGGUCUGAAUUGCCAUUUGAAGUGAGUGGUCAGAGUCCAUGGGCAAACUUGCCCCCAGAAUUGCUCCAUGACAUAAUUAGGCGUGUUGAGGCUAAAGAGACCUCAUGGCCUGCCCGGAGGGAUGUUGUUGCUUGUGCUUCUGUUUGUAAAUCCUGGAGGGAGAUCACGAAAGGAAUUGUUAAGACCCCCGAGCAAUGUGGCUACCUUACUUUCCCAAUCUCAAUAAAGCAGCCGGGGCCAAGAGAUGUUCCUAUUCAGUGUUUUAUUAGGCGGGAAAGGGCAACUUCAACGUAUCUGUUGUAUCUUGGCUUGAGCCCUGCUCUGUCUGGCGAUAUGAGUAAACUGUUAUUAGCAGCAAAGAAAGUUAGACGGGCAACGAGUACCAAUUUUCGAAUAUCCUUAGUUGGAAGUGAUUUCUGUCAAACAAGCAAUACCUAUGUUGGAAAACUGAAGUCUAAUUUUCUCGGAACCAAAUUCACUAUUUAUGAUAGUCAGCCUCCACAUCCAGCAAUGCAAUCCAACUGUAAGCCACAUAGAAAAAUCCAUUCAGUUCAAGUUUCUGUGUUGGUACCUGCUAGAAUCUACAAUGUUGCCACCGUUUCUUAUGAGCUCAAUAUCCUCCGAACCAGAGGCCCAAGGAGAAUGCAGUGCACCAUGCACUCAAUUCCCAUAUCUUCAAUUGAAGUAGGGGGAACUACCCCUACUCCAACAGAAUUCAUAAGCUCUAGCGAUGAGCAAAUCCCUCCAUCAUCCAUUUCAAAAUCAAAGAAGUCGCUCAUCGGAUGCAGCUCAACUAGCCUUGAUGGGUCAAACGAACAAAUUUGCAUCAGAAAAGAUCCCUUGGUCUUGAAAAAUAAAGCACCAAGAUGGCACGAGCAACUGCAGUGCUGGUGUCUGAAUUUCAAAGGACGGGUCACAGUGGCCUCUGUUAAGAAUUUCCAACUGGUGGCAGCUGUUGAGCUUGGCCAAAAUGUGCCACCAGAAGAACAGGAAAAAGUUAUUCUACAAUUUGGAAAGAUUGGGAAAGACAUCUUCACCAUGGACUAUCGCUACCCACUGUCUGCAUUCCAAGCCUUUGCAAUAUGCUUGAGCAGCUUUGACACUAAACCUGCCUGUGAAUGACUAUACUAAUUUACCAUCUUGGGUCAAAGUCCCAAUAGUCGUCCCUAAAAUUUUGUUGUAUAUACUUUUCUUUGAAGGAAACACUUUAAGAAUUGGCUUUUGUCAUCAUUUCUGCUAGUACAUGCAUGUCGCAUCUACACAAGUUUUCAAGUCUAUUUAUUUUAAUAAAUUGAAUUUCCAGACCAGAA